UCUUUCUCCACUACUCACCUCAGAAAUUCAUUCAUCACCUUUCUCUCUCGACCAUGAACACCUCCUCCAAGCGAUUCGCACUGUUCUUUGCAAUCUCCUUCGCCGCUAUGCUCUGCGGCGCCAAAGUCACUGCUACUGAAGGACUCGAAGCAUCAUUCACGCCUUCAACUCUCUCAACGCCACCGCCAACUCCAAAUGAUCUCCAAGAACACUCGUUCUUCUCUCACACGGCUCUGCUGCCUCCGAUCCUCUCACAUCUCGGUUUUCACGAGCUAGCAACGGCGGCGCCGUCGCUCUCCGACACUGCCACCACCGCUUCCACCGCCUGGACCGGUCCUUCCACUAUCUUCGCUCCCUCCGACUCCUCCCUCCGCACAUGCUUCUCUUGCUCCGUUCCCAGCCUACUCCGCGAGCACAUAGUUCCAGGCCUGUUCACCAUCGAUUACCUUCGCAGACUCGCUUUCGGCACCAAGAUUGAAACCUUGAGCCCUGGACGCUGCAUCACCGUCACUUCCGAUUCGAUCCAACCGAACACCACCGCCUCCAAGGUCUUCAUCGGCGGCGUAGAGAUCACGCAGCCGGAUCUUUUCAACAACGGAAUGAUCGUCGUUCACGGUCUCCAAGGCUUCGUCUCUCCUCUGUCUCCGUUUUCUUGCGACGUGGAGAGGAUGACGUCGCUCUCCUUUCCCUUCCAUCCGGAUCACCGCUCCGGUCAGCAUCUCCAAACUCCCGGCGCCACCGUUCAGCCAGCUGUGAUGCGCCUCAUGCUCAGGGACGCCAUGCUCAGGCUCCGCAACAACGGCUUCAGCAUCCUAGCGCUAGCUAUGAAGGUGAAGUACGCGGAGCUGGUAACUCUCAAUAACAUGACCGUGUUCGCCGUGGAUGACCUCUCCAUCUUCUCUGGUUCACACUCGUACAUCAGCAACGUGAGGUUUCACAUCGUGCCGAACCACUACUUGUCGAUCGCAGAUCUGGAGAAGCUUCCAGUAGGAACUGCUCUUCCAACCUUGGAACGUGGCCAGCCGUUGCUGAUAACAACCUCCGGUGGAGGAGUUACCAUGGCGCCGAUGAGAAUCAACUACGUCAGGGUCAAGGUUGCUGACGUCAUACGUAACGUCAAGAUCGUCAUCCACGGCGUGUACUUGCCUUUUCCGCAUAUCAAUCCGGUAGCGGCGGCCUAUGACAGUAUCUUAGGAUCAGGAGGUGAAGCUGCUUCGGAAGGAGCGAGUAAUGCAGCUGCUUCUGGUGGUCAGACUCAGACUACGGAAGGAACCUGUUCUAUUCUUGAUGGACACGGAGCUUGUGGCGUCUCACCAAUGCCUCAGGUUCAGGUUAAGCCAAUGGUGGAGAUAGAAGACCACCACGGCCUGUGAGACUACUGUGAUUGUCAUGAUGAUCGUGAGAUGCGUGCUGAAGAUUGCUGAAGAUAGGUAGGUUUCCUGUUUGUUUCUCUGGUGAAAGGAAAUAAACUUGUAUAUUUGGUCUGUGACACUUUUCUUUGCU